UCAAGACGACGUUUGUGACGUCAGUUGUUUAUAGCUAACGCUAACAACCGACAACGCAGUAACGAGCUCCGUGAAUAAAUACAGAAAACGAAGUAUAUUGCGUCAAAUAUGGCUCAAGAAAUUUAUAAAAACAAAAGCCUGAAUCUCCAGAUCUCCGUCUCUGACGGCUUUCGGCGGCAGGUCGUGCAGUCGUCAGGUGGCGACACAAGGGUGGUCGUCUCAAAACCCACCGGCGACCUCCGCAACGUCCUCAAUGCGAGGCGCUCGCGGGCCGGCAGUUCUGUGGAAGACGCCACUCCACGCUCUGAAACCGGAUGCUAUGUUGGUCAGACUGGUGACUUGCGCCAAUGUCUCAAUGAGAUGCGCGCGCAAUCCAUGUCUCAGUCAACCAACAUUCGGUUUCAGCGAAUUGCCGCCGUCUUUUAUCAGCUGAGACGCCAGCUGGGUGGUGUGGUUAUGGGAAACGGUUCAUCCAUUCUCUCUUAUCUGUCAUCUCUCGUGCCGGCUCACACUUUGUCACGUGCCAUCAUGGUGCCUAUGGCUUCCGCGCGUCUCACAGAGGGCGCGUCAAAUGAUUAUCCCGUUCUCGCUCACAGAAGGUUUGGGCGUAAGCGCCAUAGCAGCUCCCUCUCCGACGAAGGAGCGCCGGAAGUAGCGGACGAGCCUCCCGCCAAGCGAGCCCGCCUCAAGUUGCGCCUAACAGUUGCAGCUCGGUUCCGUGGCAUCCAGAUAGACGCCUUUCAUUGGCAGGCAAACCCCUACGUUUGGCAGAGAGAAGACUACAUAUGUGAACAGAAAAAGUCGAGCACGUGGGGACGGGACCACUACGCGUGGCAGAGGGAAGAGUGUCAAACCCCUGUCAGGCCUGCCGCGUGUUACACGUGGAAGAGACCGGCCCCUUAGAGGGCGCGUGCGCGCUGCACUCGUUUGCCUUAUUCUGUAUUUACAAAUCUCAAUUCUUUAAAUAUUUUGAUUCGUAGGUUUUAAUUAACAUUUGAUAAUGUUUAGUUAAUUUACUAAAUUUGAUAAUGUUUAGUUAAUUUACCAAAUUUGAUAAUGUUUAUUUAAUUUACCAAAAUAUGAUAAUGUGUAUUUAUUUUACCAAGUUUGAUAAUGUUUAGUGAUCAGAUGAGAACAUUUCCUUGGAUAUUUUUAACAUACUGUGCUUAUGAGGGUUUUUUUUUAAUUUAUGGUCAGAAAUGUAAUCAUAUCUUAUAUGGUCAAAAUGCCUAUGAUCAUGCUUUACUAAUUAGCUAUUCACUAGUUUGAUACUUUUAAUUACAAAUUGGUCUCGCUUUUAUAAAACCUCAGCCAAAUAUAUUUUUGUAUAUUUUUGUAUAAAAAACUCUAUAUAAAACAUCGAUAAAAGGGAGUUAAUUGGGAAAUGCAAUUAACGUUAAGUAGUAUAAUUGAGAUUAGUGAAUACUGGCAAUGCCUUUAUUAUUGUUUACGCCAUGAAAAAAAAACUUAUCUUAAUGACAGUUAUCACAAUAGUGCAAAUUUUAGUUGUUCAGUGGCUAAGUUGAAAAGCUACAUUGUCAUCAUAUUGACAUUGAAUUGAUUUGUAUAAUGUUUUAGGCAUUUGCUAUUCAAAUAACAUUUUUUAAAUCUUACAUUUUACAUGUUGCAAAUGUAAAUGGUAACUGCGUGACCUUUUUAUGAGUUGUCCAUCAAAGAUAGUUCUACAGAAUAUAUUGUUGGAAUUUAAGAAAUAAUUUAGAUAAAUAUUGCAUAUUUAUGUAUAUAAGGUUUAAAAUAGUUUGUUUGUACUCAUACUAACAAGAGUUAAUGUGGAUAUUUAAAGUAUAUGAGUUGGGUUCGGUAGAUAUUCGAUUUCAAAGCAUGAGUUUUCAGAUUAAAUGAUACUUUAAUAAAAGAAGUGCCCACGGGGGGAAAUAUUUAUUUUCUAUGAACACUUGUGCAUAGUGAUCGAUAAUCAACCGAAAAGCCAACAAAGUAUUUGUUUCAUUUGAUGCUUUUUCCACACUUAAUUUUCAUUUUAAAACAUUAAAAAAAAACAAUUUUGCGGGACUAAUAAAAACAACGUCAUUCGAUGUAACCAAGAGAAAUACAUUAAUAAUUAUGUA